AUGGCACAAAAUCUCUCAGAGAUUCAGACUGAGGAAAGGAAAAUACAAAGUACCUUAAACAACUUGAGUAUCUCAAAGCAUUUGGACAGCAGAGCUUGUGCCCCCAUGGCAGCAGCUGCCUCGGCCAGUGCCUUUCUCUAUUCACUGCUGCACACAGCCAAUACAUUUUCCCUGCCCCUGUGCCAUGGCAAUGCCCUGGGCCAGUUCUUCUGUGAAGUGCCACAGAUCCUCAAGCUCUCCUGUUCUAAAUCUUAUUUCAAGGAACUUAGGCUUAUUGCAAUCAGAGCCUGUCUCGUAUUUGGGUGGUUUUUGUUCAUUGUUUUCUCCUAUGUGCAGAUCUUCAGGGCUGUGCUGAGGAUCCCCUCUGGGCAGGGACGGCACAAAGCCUUUUCCACCUGCCUCCCUCACCUGGCAGUGGUUUCCCUGUUCCUCAACACUGUCGUUUUUGCUCACUUAAAGGCCCUCUCCAUCUCCUCCCCGUCCCUGGAUCUGUCAGUGUCAGUUCUGUACUCGGUGGUGCCUCCAGCCCUGAACCCCCUCAUCUACAGCCUGAGGAACUGGGAGCUCAAGGCUGCAGUGUGGAGACUGAUGACUGGAUGCUUUCAGGAACAUUAA